UCAGUGUGUCAGAGUCUCCUAAGACAUUUUGGGUGAGUCAUCUGACUCCAAUUUGUCAAGUCCGUUCGCGUCGAUCCAUCCUUCAGUGCUUCUCUGGAGCUCCAGAGAGUGGUGAAAAGUGCGCGUCUCACCGCGUGGCGGAGGAAUCUUUUGCUGAAUUGCAAGGGAGACAAUAAUUGUCCAGCCGAGAAGAUGUUUCUGUCAUCGGCAAUAAAUCAAUAUCGAAUUCGUAAAAUUGAGAGUAUUGGCAAAAUGACGCAGAUGACACAGGAGGAGAUCGUGGCCAAUACGAAGACGGUGCUGCAGGGACUCGAGGCGCUUCGUGUGGAGCACGUGUCCCUGAUGGCGGGUCUGCUGGAGGCGCGCCACGACACAGAGAAGUCGGACAUUGUCCAGAAGAACAUUGACAGCAUUGAGCUGGGUCUGGGCGAGGCGCAGGUGAUGCUGGCUCUGGUGUCGCAUCUGCAGAAUGUCGAGGCGGAGAAGCAGAAGUUGCGCACUCAAGUGCGACGUCUGUGUCAGGAGAAUGCCUGGCUGAGGGAUGAGUUGGCCAACACACAGCAGAAGCUGCAGGCGUCGGAGCAAACGGUGGCUCAGCUGGAGGAGGAGAAGAAGCAUUUGGAGUUUAUCAAUUCCAUUCGCAAAUACGACGAGAAUCAGGAACAAGAGGAGGGCGGCGACAAGCCGAGGGCUGAUCCAGUCGUUGAACUGUUUCCUGAGGAUGAGCCUGAGGAGCGCCACAACAUGUCACCGACGCCUCCCAGUCAAUUUGCCAAUCAGGCGAAUGCCGGCUAUGAAAUUCCCGCUCGUCUGCGAACACUCCACAAUCUCGUGAUUCAGUAUGCUUCGCAGGGGCGCUACGAGGUGGCGGUGCCGCUGUGCAAGCAAGCGCUUGAGGAUUUGGAGAAGACAAGUGGUCACGAUCAUCCGGACGUGGCCACGAUGCUGAACAUCCUGGCGCUGGUGUAUCGUGAUCAGAACAAGUACAAGGAGGCCGCCAAUCUCCUGAAUGAUGCCUUGACUAUUCGCGAGAAGACUCUGGGGGAGAAUCAUCCGGCCGUUGCGGCCACACUCAACAAUUUGGCAGUUCUUUAUGGCAAGCGUGGCAAGUACAAGGAUGCUGAGCCGCUUUGCAAAAGGGCGCUGGAAAUUCGCGAGAAGGUCCUGGGCACGGAUCAUCCGGAUGUGGCGAAGCAGCUGAACAAUUUGGCGCUGCUGUGUCAGAAUCAGAGCAAGUAUGAGGAGGUGGAGCUCUACUAUCAGCGCGCGCUGGAGAUUUAUGAGAGCAAACUCGGUCCCGAUGAUCCAAAUGUGGCCAAGACGAAGAACAACUUGGCCAGCUGCUUCCUGAAGCAGGGCAAGUACAAGGAGGCCGAAGUGCUCUACAAGCAGGUCCUCACGAGGGCUCACGAGAGGGAGUUUGGGACCAUUGAUGGUGAUAACAAGCCAAUUUGGCAGGUGGCUGAGGAGCGCGAGGAGAACAAACUGAAAAACCGCGAAAAUACGCCGUACGGCGAGUACGGGGGGUGGCACAAAGCGGCCAAAGUGGAUUCACCGACUGUGACGACGACACUGAAGAAUCUCGGGGCGCUGUAUCGUCGCCAAGGGAAGUACGAGGCGGCGGAGACGCUCGAGGAUUGCGCUCUGCGGAGCAAGAAGGAGGCGCUGGAUCUCGUGAAGCAGGUGAAAGUGGCGCAAAUCCUGGGCAGUGACGACAAGAGGCGAUCGAAAAAGGGCCCGUCGGGCAGUGAAUCCGUGGAGAGCGUGUCCCUGGAGAGGGAGGACAGUGCUAAAAGAUUGUCGCGACCUUAACACUCGAGUUAUGGCGGCUGAGAGUUCUCUUUAUUAUUAUUUAAAAAUCUAUAUUUUAAUAAUUCAAUAAUAUAUAUAAAGAAAGGGAGGAAAGAAAUAAGAUAACAGCGAAGAUUUAUAUACAGUAAGUUUCAUCUCCUACAAUAUUAAAAAGAAAGAAAGAAGCAAAAAACACCCCGUCAAGAUGACUUUUUUACGUUGCAAUUCCUGUUUUUUAUAUUUAUUACAAAAGCCCCAGUGGAAGAGUUUCCUGAAUAGAUGAAAUAUUUGCGAGAUAUGAUUAAAAAGUAAUAUUAUAUUGUAAUUUGCAGUAGUGAUGGAGAAUUAUACUGUUACGAAAUGU